GCCCCGGAGGCGAAAAUGGCGGCAGGCAGGCGCGCGCCGCGCACCGGGCUGCUGGAGCUGCGCGCCGGGGCAGGCUCGGGGGCCGGCGGCGAGCGGUGGCAGCCGGUGCUGCUCAGCCUGGCGGAGGACGCUCUGACCGUGAGCCCCGCCGACGGCGAGCCCGGCCCCGAUCCCGGCGCCCCGCGGGAGCCGGAGCCCGCGCAGCUUAACGGCGCCGCUGAGCCGGGCGCGGCGCCCCCGCAACUGCCCGAGGGGCUCCUGCUCCAGCGGCGCCGCGUGACAGUGCGCAAGGCCGACGCCGGUGGGCUGGGUAUCAGCAUCAAAGGGGGCCGGGAGAACAAGAUGCCCAUUCUCAUUUCCAAGAUAUUCAAGGGACUGGCAGCUGACCAGACAGAGGCCCUCUUUGUGGGGGAUGCCAUCCUGUCUGUGAAUGGAGAAGACCUGUCCUCUGCUACCCACGAUGAGGCAGUUCAGGCCCUGAAGAAGACAGGCAAGGAGGUUGUGCUGGAGGUCAAGUACAUGAAGGAGGUCUCACCACAUUUCAAGAACUCUGCUGGUGGGACCUCGGUCAGCUGGGACUCGCCUCCUGCCUCACCCCUUCAGCAGCAGUCUUCCUCCCCUGGCCCCCCACUCCGGGACCUCAGUGAUGCCAAACAUGUGUCUUUGAAAAUGGCAUAUGUCUCAAGGAGGUGCACCCCCACUGAUUCAGAGUCCAGGUAUCUGGAGAUCUGUUCUGCUGAUGGCCAAGACACUCUCUUCCUGAGAGCCAAGGAUGAGGCUAGCGCGAGGUCAUGGGCAGCUGCUAUCCAAGCCCAGGUCAGUGCUCUGAUGCCCUGGGUCAAGGAUGAGCUGCAGGCACUGCUGGCAGCCACCAGCACAGCUGGGAGCCAGGACAUCAAGCAGAUCGGCUGGCUGACUGAGCAGCUGCCCAGCGGGAGCACAGCACCCACCCUGGCCUUGCUGACUGACAAGGAGCUGCUUCUCUACUCCUGUCUCCCCCAGACCCGUGAGGCCCUGAGCCGACCGGCCCGUACUGCUCCGCUUAUCGCCACCAGGCUGGUGCACUCAGGCCCCUCCAAGGGCUCAGUGCCCUACGAUGCAGAGCUGUCUUUUGUCCUGCGCACGGGUACACGCCACGGUGUGGACACUCACCUGUUCAGCGUGGAGUCACCACAGGAGCUGGCUGCCUGGACCCGCCAGCUGGUGGAUGGCUGUCACCGGGCCGCUGAGGGUGUACAGGAAGUAUCUACAGGUAGGCUGGGUGGAUCUGGGGCUUACCCACAGCCUGCACAUGGAACGGUCGUCCCUGCAGCCUGUCCGUGCACAUUGACAAGGGCUUCACGCUAUGGGCGGCUGAGCCAGGUGCGGCCCGAGCAGUGCUGCUCCGGCAGCCCUUUGAGAAGCUGCAGAUGUCCUCGGACGAUGGUGCCAGUCUCCUUUUCCUGGACUUUGGGGGCGCUGAGGGCGAGAUUCAGCUGGACCUGCACUCGUGCCCCAAAACCAUGGUCUUCAUCAUCCACUCCUUCCUCUCGGCCAAAGUCACCCGCCUAGGGCUCUUGGCCUAGAGGUCACUAGAUGCACCAGCGUUGAAGAGGGAUGCCCACCACAUGGCCUGACCUGGCCCUCUGCCAACUGCCUGCUCACCACUGGGCUGAGGAAAACGAGAGGAGAGAAAUAAGAUUUGCAGAGAACCAGCCCGGAAGGGAGGCUAGAAUGGCCUCAGGGACUGGGAUCCAGACCCAGGACACAGCGGCCCCUGCCCUCUGACCUGUGACGGGUGGCCUCCUUGCUGCCCCCUCCCCAACAGUGCCUUUUGCAGAGAGAUAUUUUGUGUAUGCAGAAGCCAUUCUGAGUCUGGGGCCUGCCCCCGUGGGGAUCCUGACCCCAGCCAACAGCUGCCAGGCCUCCCGCAGGCCCCUAAGCCAUCCCAGAGGCCCCUUCUGAAGCUGGGGUCCCUUGGGGUCAGCAGCAAGAGAAGGAGGAGGAGCCUUUCUGUUCAUUUUUUCCUUCAGCCCCACCACCUUGGGGUGUGUUUUUCUCUUCAUCCUCUCUCUUUCCUCCUUACUCUUGGGUAAAUAAACAGCCUAUGAACACACAGGCAGCCGGGCCAAGUGUCUGUGGUUUGUGCCUUGGCCUUCAGGCCCUGCGGUGGCCUCUACAGUGUCAACAUAGACCAGACUCAGGACUGGGGCCCCUUUCCCUGGAGAAAAACAGGCCUUUAACCACAGAGCCAGAAAGAGAGUAUAUUAGUUGUCUAUUGUUGUGUGACAUAACCAACCAACCAAUUGCCAUCAAGUUGAUUCCUACUCACGGCAACCCCAUGUGUGCCAGAAUAGAACUGCACUCCACAGGGUUUUCAGUAGCUGAUUUUUCGGAAGUAGAUCG